AUGUCUUCCGAUAUAUAUACCCCCCCUUUGGCCACCGUCCCACCCCCCGAGAGACCUCUCACAGGCCCUGGGUCCCACUCCCUUGCCACCUCGCUGGGCCCGGUCUCCCUCCCCCGCCCGCACAAGGCCACCAUGCCCCCGGGGCUCCCCCCGAUCACUUUGCGCCAACUGGUCAACGGUCCUGCGCCCUGA